CCACCCCAGACCUCACCAUCGCACGCAAGCAUCGCCCAAGCUGCCUCCAACGCCCGGACGCCAUGCUUCCGACAGAGCACGCGACCCUUCUUCUCAGCGCUUACAGUUCACGAAUCUCGAGCUGCGUGGGAUGUUUGUUUCACGCGCUUUGCGCUGCAGAGUGGGAUGAGCAUGCGGACACGCGUAGGGUUUCGCAUCGUCGACUUUUGCGUUUUAGCUCAGCGUCGGCAUCUCACGCAUUGACAAUGCGACGCUCUUGCUACAGGCUAAGUUAUCUCUCCUCGCUGUUCUGCCCCUCCACUGCCGGUGCGAGGGGCCAUCCAAAUACCCGCCUGAUCCGCAAGUGUUCGCAGCGCGCGGUACGGUCACAGAGGUAUCCCUCUCCGCCUCUAUGCCUCUUGAAGUACCUCUCUGAACACCUAUUGUGCGCCUUUUGCUUCUGGUCAUAGAUUUAUUCGUCUCUUAAUUGUCCUUUCCGUUCUUGAUACCCCAUCUUACACGCGCUGGUUCGCUCUAGUCGCCUAAUAUUAAUUCCCCAAGAA